AUGAGUUUGCGCCAUAUUUAUUCUUCCAAAGAAUUCCAUUCCGGUAUUCCUGAGGUCGGAAAGAUGAAAUGGUUGCAGGAGCUAAGAGAAUUUGAUGUUAAGAAAAAAAGUGUUGGAUUUGAAUUGAGCCAGCUGGGGGAACUGACAGAGCUUGGGCAGCUUGGUAUAUGCAAUCUUGAAACCGUGGCAUCCAAAAAAGAAGCUAAUGAUGCUAAACUGAAGGAUAAAAGAAAUCUGAAAGAAUUGGAAUUAGUUUGGGGUCGAGGGGAACAGACUAUAGAUGGUGAUGUUCUUGAGGGUCUUCAACCACCCCCUAAUCUUAGCAAGCUUAGCAUUAUAAAUUAUGGUUUUGCUGCUGGUCCUUGCUGGUUGUGCAGUGACAUUAGCAUAAAAAGGUUGGAGUCCCUACAUCUGGAGGGUAUAUCUUGGGACACUCUUCCAUCUUUUGAGCAGUUACCACAUCUCACCAACCUCAAACUGAAGAAUAUUGCUGGGAUGCGUGUGUUUGGGCCUGGAUUUUGUGGUCUUACAGAAAGAAGUUUUAUGCACUUAAAGAGAAUAGAGAUCUGGAAUAUGCGAGAGCUUGAGGAAUGGGUCGAGGGACCCAAUGGCCCUUUGUUUUCAAGGCUUGAAAGCAUCGUAUGCCUCCAUUGCCCCCUUAUAUCCUCGUUUUUCUUCUUGGAGUGUUGUACCAACCUUUGUCGACUCCGUAUUGUUGAUUGCCCAAAGUUGUCUCAAUUACCCCCUCUGCCUCGUAGUUCUACACUAACAGACUGUUCUGUGAACAAAGAGUUUUCCAGAGGUUUGACGUAUGAUGGAAAGUAUUUGUCUGCUAAAGACUAUGAGGGCCCGUUGGCCUUCCAAAAUAUGGAUAGAGUAGAGGCUAUAUAUAUUCGUGGGUCACCACACGUUUCAUUGUCAGUGUCGGACCUCCAAAAGAUGAAGUCCCUGAGAAUACUAAUUGCCACAGGUUGCGGCAGCAUGUUCUCUGCAGAAUGGUUCAAUCCAGUCGUCCUUGAGGAAUUGGCAGUCCAUGACAAAUCUUUGGACGAAGAAAAUAUCUCUGUAGCAGCAGGUCUGAUCCCAGAGGUGGCAAUGAGCAACUCACUGCAUCCAGGUUCAUUCCAACUGGAAGAAAUGGUGGUGGAGAGCAUCUCAGCGGUGCUUAUUGCUCCCAUUUGCAGACGCCUUGCCGCUAUCCUUCACAAAUUAGAGUUCUGUGAUGAUCAGGUGACUGAAACUUUCACGGAAGAGCAAGAGCAAGCACUUAAUCUUCUCACCUCCCUCCAAAGUCUAGAUUUUACAAGCUGCAAACUGCGGUCUCUCCCUCGGCUAUAUGGCCUUUCUUCUCUCACGGAACUUUCGAUCUUCAAAUGUGAUGGAAUCCAGUCACUGCCGUCCAAGGAGGACCUCCCCGCUUCACUGCUGUUACUAGGCGUAAGUGGCUGCAGUCGUGAGAUAAAAGAGCAAGCCCAGAAACUUAAAGAAGCAAACCCUUGUUUAUUUGUUCGUCAGGUACGUAACACUCAUUUUUUGAAUCUAGCAAAUUGUUGGAAAGGCAGUAAAAAUAGUCUGCUUAUCAGUUCUUGGCUCUCCUAA